AGUUAGUUCACAUCAGAAAAAGGACAUUUAGCAGAACAGAGCUGAUCACAGAGGAUGGCUGCACCUCAGAAAGGAGAUCUGUCAGCGUCUGAGAGGAAGAUCCUGCAAAUUAUUGCUGCCGGUGAUGUGCAGGAGGCUGCACAGCUGCUUGACAACAACGAAGUCCGGGUCAACUGUUUGGACGAGUAUGGCAUGACUCCACUGAUGCAUGCAGCCUAUAAGGGCAAGGCAGACAUGUGUCGUCUGCUGCUGCAGCACGGGGCUGAUGUCAACUGCAACCAGCAUGAAUAUGGAUACACUGCUCUCAUGUUUGCUGGCUUGUCAGGGAAGACAGACAUCACCUCCAUGAUGCUGGAUGCGGGAGCAGAAACAGACCUGGUGAACUCUGUGGGUCGCACAGCUGCUCAGAUGGCAGCAUUUGUAGGCCAGCACGACUGUGUGACAGUGAUCAACAACUUCUUCUCACGGGCAAGGCUGGAGUACUACACCAGACCACAGGGGCUGGAGAGGGAACCCAAGCUGCCCCCUAGGCUGGCAGGACCCCUGCACAAGAUCAUCAUGACCACCAACCUCAACCCGGUCAAGAUAGUCAUGCUGGUGAAGGAGAACCCUGUGCUGGUCGACGCGGCGGCCCUGGAGAAGUGUUACCAGGUGAUGGACCUGCUGUGUGAGCAGUGUGUGAAGCAACAGGACAUGAACGAGGUCCUGGCCAUGAAGAUGCACUACAUCAGCUGCGUGCUGCAGAAAUGCCUGGCCUUCCUACAGAAACGAGACGACAAGCUGGACGCUCUCGUCAAGAGCCUGUUGAAGGGGAGAGACAGUGACGGCUUCCCGCAGUACCAGGAGAAGUUCAUCCGGGACUGCAUCAGGAAGUUUCCUUACUGUGAGGCCACACUCCUUCAGCAGCUGGUGAGGAGCAUUGCACCGGUAGAGAUUGGCAACGACCCAACAGCGUUCUCAGUGUUGGCCCAGGCUCUGACGGGUCAGAUGGCGUUUGUGGAUGCCGACUACUGUGCUACAUGUGGAGACAAGGGAGCAGACAAGAGGUGUUCCCUUUGUAAAGCAGUGACUUACUGCAGCUUGACGUGCCAAAAGCUCCACUGGUUCACCCACAAAAGGAUGUGCAGGUCUCUGCAGGAGCAGGACGCCGACCUGGAGAAAGACACUCCAAGGUUGAAAGAACUGAAAGAUGAUGAGAGCGACCUGGUGAUGGAGACGGCCAACUUCCUGCAGGAGCUGUGUCUGCGGGCGGAGGAGAAGGUGGCGGCUGCUGGAGGCUGCCCUGCAGAGCUGCUGGCUUGUCCCUCCACCUCUGCCGAGGGACCGUCCUGUAACCAAGACGGAGGCAGGAACAACCGAGGGGUCCUGAAUGAUGCUGAUGAUGAUGAUGUGGAGAGGCAUGGCUGAACAGAAACCAUGUCAGCAGGGUCCAUCCUGUUUGUAUAUUUCACACCGAGCCAUGUAGUUUUAGAUAACCAGCGAGGGAUUAAGAUUUUCGAUAUUGAAAAUGAGAAAACGAAUAAGUUUGUGGCAGAAAACGCCCUGAUUGGUCUGAUGAGUGAAGUCUAAUCCAAGUUUUUCUGGGUUCAACAAUCGCUCACUACUGUUUGUACCAUCAAGAGGUUUGCUACUCGAUCUUGAUCUCCUUCUUUCUCCCAUGUUUCAUCUUUGUGAUAUAAUAUUUUCUUCAUGUUCUAUUAGUCGUUUAUUAAGUUACCUCAAAACACUAUGAGUUAGUUUGCAUGUAGACUGAUCAUAGGUCAAAACAAAUGAUGAAUAUGGCUUAAGUUUGUGUGCAGAUCAACAGACAGAGAAAGGGAUGAAUCCUCUUUUUUUGUGCUGGAAAACUGGCUAUGUGGUGCUAUACAAAGAACGUAGACCCUGUGGUAACAGUGUUAAUGAGUAAUUGCACCACACAAACACAGUCCGGUCAGGUGGGACAGCUGCACCAGGGGUGAACCUUGUAUCUGUGCCUCAGGGGUAGUAACAAGGUAGUUUCUGAUCUGUAGGUUGUCAUUUCCAGUCCAGUACAUAGUGACGUAUGAGUAAAUAAAAUUAUAGGUUCGACAUUACCUCUAGUAAAAUCAAAUUUCCUUCUGUUGUUCUUUUUAUUUACAAUAUUUUCAUAGACUGCACGUCACUUUGAUUCUACGUGCAGAAUGUAUAGAUAUGACAUGAGUUAUGGCUACACUGCAUAUAGUGCUUUAGUGUGGUUAGUGUAUUUUUUUUGCCAAUCAUAUUUUAAAUUAAAAAACACGUCAGGUCUGUAAGUUGGAUCUUUGUACAAACGCAGACUUGUGAUCUACAGACUGAGUGAGAUUGUAUUUAUGAAAAAUACUUGACUUGUUUCCUGAACUAAACUGUAAACAUACGGUUGUGUCAUGGAUGCAGUAUUUCAUAAGUAACUGUGUUCCUUGUGUGGUCUUGGAAAGGCUGUAUUAUAUUAUUUAACCAAGUGUCUUUUUAGAUAAAUGUUGUUGUUGUUGUGUUGUUAAAGUACCAUUAAUGUGACAUUAGUGACAUUAAUCCUAUAGUGGUGACUGCUUACUGGGCCCAUGACCUGCCUUAUCUUUUAAAAUAAAUAA